AGAGAAUGUUUCUUUAAGACCCAUUACCUUCCAAUCCGACAGAGGGGGAUGCUAUGGUAAGGUGGUGUAGCGUCGCUCCCCGCUCCCUUAUGCCGUUUGUGGAAAGGAGAGAGACGGGGGGACCAUAUAUCCGGGUUUUUGAAAGGGGCACAGGCACCAAGGCAAAAUCAGCGGAGAUGGACCCGAAGAAUAUUUAACGUCAGAUUUGAACAAUAUGGAUAUCGCGUGAUGAAUGUGCUAUCGCUCCCGGUGCUGUGAAGACCCAACCAGUGGACCCAGUCGGAAGGUGGGCCUUCCUCCCCUGCGGCCCCUCCCCUUCCUCACCCUAAGCCAAUCCUAGACUCAAACCACAGCCCAGUUUCCCAUAGAUACUUCCUUCCUCCUUUGGUUAUUCAAGAGCACAUAGAUCCAUCGUGGUGAACAAAACCCAGGUUGUUGCACAGUAAGAAAAAGCAUUGAGAGAGAAAAGAGCACUAGGCCUAUUUGUUAGUGUUGUUUUGGAGAAAAUAAGUAAACAAUAGAUUAAAUCAGAGAGAGUGAAGAGGAAGCGUUGAACGUGACCGAUUGAAAGCUGUUUUUUACAAAGAAAUAAAGCAACGAUUUCUCUUUUUUACACUCUGUCAUUUCAGUCAGAGAUGAACAGACUCAAACAGAAGCUCUCAUGCAAGUAAGGUAACAGAUUGACAUUCUGUCAACGAAUCACACGUACACAAACUUUGACCUACGGAACCCCUGCACACAGGGCUUUUGGGUAAACAAACACUCCCAACAUAGACGUUUUCUCCCGGAGCCCACCGCACUCUCUCCAGUCUCAUGAUGAUGUGUGAGGUGAUGCCCACCAUUUCGGAGGACGGGCGCAGCGGAGGCCCCUCCUCUCCCGGGGUCGGGGCUGGGAUUGGAGGCCCUGGUGGGGCCAUGGGGGGAGGGGGCUACGGUGGCCGAGGGGAAUCCAGGGGCGCGGUCGACGAGGGGGGCAGCACAGGGAACCUGGAAUCCCUGAUGGUCAACAUGCUGACCGAGAGGGAGAGGCUGUUGGAGAGCCUGAGGGAGACCCAGGACAGCCUUGGGACGGCCCAGCUACGCCUCAGAGAGCUGGGCCACGAGAAGGACUCCCUCUCGAGACAGCUGUCCAUCGCCCUGCCACAGGAGUUUGCUGUUCUGACUAAGGAGCUGAAUGUUUGCCGGGAGCAGCUACUGGAGAGGGAAGAGGAGAUUUCUGAGCUCAAGGCGGAGAGAAACAACACACGUUUGUUACUAGAGCACCUGGAGUGUCUUGUGUCUCGUCAUGAGCGCAGUCUGAGGAUGACAGUGGUGAAGAGGCAGGCCCAGUCCCCGGCGGGGGUCUCCAGUGAAGUGGAGGUCCUCAAGGCCCUCAAGUCCCUGUUUGAGCACCACAAGGCUUUGGAUGAGAAGGUUCGAGAGCGACUCCGUGUGGCCCUUGAGAGAGUGACCCUUUUGGAGGAUCAACUACAAGCAUCCGCUCAAGAGGUUAUCUCUUUAAGAGACCAAAUUAAAAGACGACAACAAGGGUUGGACGGCGGGAAAGAUCGCCUACCCAAUGGACCCUCCUCUGGAUUGGACGAUGGUGAGAUCGACAGACAGAGAGAAACGGAGAUAGAGCGGCAGAGAGCCGAGCUCUCCCAGCUGAAAGAAAGACUGGCCCUUAUGUGUCGACAGGUUGGGGAAAUAGAGGAACAGCUUGCAGCCGCCAGGAGGGAGGUGACGAAGUCGGAGGAGGCCAAUCAGAAGCUCCAGAGGGAUGUGAAGGAGGCUCUGUGCCAAAGGGAGGAUAUGGAGGAGAGGAUCACCACAUUAGAACGCAGGUACCUCAGUGCUCAGAGGGAAGCAACCUCUCUACAUGACAUCAAAGACAAGCUGGAGAAUGAGCUUGCCAGCAAGGAGUCACUGCACAGACAGAGUGAGGAGAAGAACAGGCAGCUCCAGGAGCGUCUGGACGACGCCAAGCAGAAGCUCCAGCAGACCCUGCAGAGGGCCGAGACACUGCCCGAGAUCGAGGCCCAGCUCGCCCAGAGAGUGGCUGCCCUCAACAAGGCAGAGGAACGCCAUGGGAACUUUGAGGAGCGACUACGACAGAUGGAGGCACAACUUGAAGAGAAGAAUCAGGAGUUGCAGAGGGCAAGGCAGAGAGAGAAAAUGAAUGACGAACACAACAAACGCCUCUCGGAUACGGUGGACAAGCUACUGUCUGAGUCCAACGAGAGACUGCAACUUCACCUCAAAGAGAGAAUGGCUGCCCUUGAGGAGAAGAAUUCACUGUCAGAGGAGCUAGCAAACAUGAAGAAAAUCCAAGAUGAUCUUCUAGCAAACAAGGACCAGCUCAUAGCUGAGCUGGAGAGGAUUCAGAUGGAGCUGGAUCAACUGAGGGGCAGGCCUGGCUCUUCCUAUUCCAGGUUAGCCACAAUGGAGCUUCAAGGGGCGAGCAACGUGAGCUCACUUCCCUCCACCCUUUUUCGAAGAUCUCUUCCAGGGAGUGCCUCAGAGCUCCGGUACCCCCAGGGUGGUGGCUCCCUCCCAGCCGGCUACGGCAGCUCCUCUAGUGGCGUGGUGGUCCGGAGGGCACAUCGCGGCCGAUGGGCUCCCCCCAGGGAUGACAGCAACAAGUAUGGAGAGUGGGACAGUGGCAACAUGCUGGGUCCCGGGUUCGAGGGGGGAGUCGAGGGGGGCUGCUCAGAUGACGAGGAUGACAGGGAGACCCUGUUUGGCUCAGAGCUGCUCUCGCCCAGCGGACAGACGGACGUGCAGACCCUUGCCAUCAUGCUGCAGGAGCAACUGGAGGCCAUCAACAAGGAGAUCAAGCUGAUCCAGGAGGAGAAGGAGAGCACUGAGCUGAGGGCAGAGGAGAUCGAGAGCCGGGUGAGCAGCGUGGCCCUGGACUCCUCCCCUCUCCCCCCCUCCUCACUGGGCGGGGGCAGAGACAGUGUGGGGAGGGGCUACAUGACCCCCUCCCUUACCUCCUCCACCCUGGCCUCCCCUUCGCCCCCCAGCUCUGGACAUUCCACCCCCCGACUGCCACAUUCCCCUGCCAGAGCGUCAGACAGACAGAACAGCAAAGAGGGCGACGACUGCCGGGCGCUAGCAUUGAUUGACUCCACACCUCCUCCGGUUCCUCGUGCUCUGCGAUUGGACAGAAUGACUCACACACACCCAGGGGCUGGGCUGGAUGAUCACCGCGAAUUCCGCAGUCAGGACUCUCUCCACAAAGCCAGCAAGAAGAAGAGCAUCAAGUCCUCCAUUGGACGCCUGUUUGGGAAGAAGGAGAAGGGGAGGAUCGGAGGACCUGGGAGUCAGUCUGCCUCUCUAGCCUCCACGCCCUCUGAUGACCUGGGCACAGCCGACCCCCUGGGCCUGGCCAAGAUGGGAACUGGCACCGUGGAGAAAGAUCGCCGCAGCAAGAAGAAACACGACCUGCUAGAAGAAGCAUGUCGCCAGGGUCUACCCUUUGCUUCAUGGGAUGGCCCCACCGUGGUCACCUGGCUUGAGUUGUGGGUGGGCAUGCCCGCCUGGUAUGUUGCGGCGUGUCGUGCCAAUGUGAAGAGCGGUGCCAUCAUGGCCAACCUGUCGGACACAGAGAUCCAGCGGGAGAUUGGCAUCAGUAACCCCCUGCACCGCCUCAAACUGCGCCUGGCCAUCCAGGAGAUGGUGUCCCUCACCAGCCCCUCGGCACCGGCCAGCACACGCUCCUCGACCAGUGAUAUAUGGAUGACUCAUGCUGAAAUGGAGUCACUGACCGCUGCCAUAAAACCAGAAGUGAAGGAGUUCAGCUGGGACCAGAUCCUUGCCUAUGGGGACAUGAACCAUGAGUGGGUAGGGAACGAGUGGCUUCCCAGCCUGGGUCUGCCCCAGUACCGCUCCUACUUCAUGGAGUCCCUGGUGGACGCUCGCAUGCUGGACCACCUCACCAAGAAGGAGCUUAGGGGACAGCUUAAAAUGGUGGACAGCUUCCACAGGGUAAGUCUGCAUUAUGGCAUCAUGUGCUUGAAGCGUUUGAACUACGACAGGAAGGAGCUUGAAAGGAGGAGGGAUGAGAGCCAACAUCAGAACCAAGAUGUGAUGGUAUGGUCCAAUGAGCGAGUGAUGUGUUGGGUCCAGGCCAUUGGGCUAAAGGAGUUUGCAGAUAACCUCACAGAGAGUGGGGUCCAUGGGGCCCUCCUAGCACUGGAUGACACGUUUGACUACACUGACCUUGCCCUGCUCCUCCAGAUACCCAAUCAGAACACACAGGCGAGGCAGAUGCUGGAGAAGGAGUACAAUGCCCUCAUCUCCAUGGGAACUGAGAGAAGGCCAGAUGAGGACGGCACUAAGACGUUCACACGCUCGCCCUCGUGGAGGAAGAUGUUCAGAGAGAAGGACCUCCGGGGCGUGACCUCUGACUCCUCAGAAACAUUACCCGCCAACUUCCGUGCCUCCGCCAUCUCCACGCCCUCCGUCACCCUGAGGAAAGUCCAGAGUGAAGUGAACUCUGGGCCCAGGGGUGAGUCGGGGUCAGUGAGAACAUAUUCCUGCUAGAGAUAAGCACACCAGAGUCCCCCCCCCAAAAAAAAAAAUGUUUUUGAAGAAAGAAAAGAUGAAGAUCAUCAA